GUUUAAUGUAAUAAUUAACUUCAAAAUAAAUAAUAAAAGUAGAAGAAAAAUAUAACAAUAAAUUGAUAACAAACACCACCAGGCCGGUUUAGUUUUCAUUCCAAGAGCAUAAUAUCAUACAUAAUAUGAGAUUUAAAAUUUGUUGUAGUUUUCUCCUUCUCAUCAUAACCACAUUCCUAUGUUAUGAAACCAUUGCCCAGCCAGAAUUAUAUCCAUCAUGUUCUAAUGAUAACUACACAAAAAACAGCACAUAUCAACAAAACCUCAACACACUUUUAUCAACUCUAACUUCCAACACAGAAAUCACCUACGGUUUCUACAACUUCUCAUACGGCAAAGGCAACAACAAAGUAUACGCCAUAGGAUUAUGUAGAGGAGAUGUUAAUCCAAAUGAUUGCCGCCGUUAUCUUAACAAUUCAAGAGUUCUUCUAACACAAAAUUGUCCAAACCAAAAAGAAGCAAUUAUUUGGACUGACAAUUGCAUGUUGCGUUACUCCAAUCGGUCCAUAUUUGGUUUAAUGGAAUCAAAACCUGAAUUAUUUGCAUGGAAUGCACUUAAUGUAACAAAGGUCGGUAAAUAUAAUAAAGUACUUUUAGGAAAUUUGUUGUAUGAUUUGAAAACUGAAGCUGCAUCUGGUGAUUAUAUGAAAAAAUAUGCUGUGGGAAAUGUAACAGGAAAUAUAACAGGUUCAAAUUUUCGGGAUAUAUAUAGUCUAAUGCAGUGUACACCUGAUAUGAGUUCUUUGGAAUGUAAUGAAUGUUUGGAGCAGGCUAUAGAUAGUCUUCCAUCUGAAUUUGAAAGUUCGAUUGGUGCUAGAGUUAUGAAACCAAGUUGUAAUAUUAGAUAUGAAAGUUAUCUGUUCUAUGCACUUCCUGUGCACCCGCCGCCACCACACACUCCAGCAUCCACCAAUCACAGCUCAUCUCAAGAAAAGGAACACACAUCAAGAACUGGCAUCAUCAUAGCAAUCCCAGUUGUUAUUGUUGUUUUGGUUCUCUGUUUCAUCUGCAUAUAUUUACGACUAAGAGUGAAGAAACCAAGGGACGAUACUAAAAUUCCUUCAGAAGAUGAUGAUGAAGCUACAACCUUUGAGUCAUUACAAUUUAACUUUGACACUAUAAGAGUUGCUACAAAUGAUUUCUGUGAUUCUAAUAAACUUGGGCAAGGUGGAUUUGGAGCUGUUUAUCAGGGUAGACUCUCUAAUGGACAAGUGAUUGCGGUGAAAAGGUUAUCCAUAAAUUCUGGUCAAGGAGAUCUAGAAUUUAAGAACGAAGUACGUUUGGUGGCCAAACUUCAACACCGAAAUUUAGUUAGACUCCUUGGUUUUACUGUUGAAGGGAGAGAAAGAUUACUUGUCUAUGAAUUUGUUCCUAAUAAAAGUCUUGACUACUUCAUAUUUGAUCCAACAAAGAAAGCACAAUUAGAUUGGGAAAAGCGCUACAAAAUCAUUCAAGGUAUUACUCGAGGUGUUCUUUAUCUUCAUGAAGAUUCUCGACUACGCAUUAUACACCGUGAUCUUAAAGCAAGCAACAUUCUCUUAGAUGGAGACAUGAAUGCUAAGAUAGCAGAUUUUGGCAUGGCAAGACUAAUUCUUGUGGAUCAAACACAAGCAAAUACAAGUAGAAUUGUUGGAACCUAUGGAUACAUGGCACCUGAGUAUGUAAUGCAUGGAGAAUUUUCGGUGAAAUCAGAUGUCUUUGGUUUUGGUGUACUAGUUCUUGAGAUUAUAAGUGGCCAAAAGAAUAGUAGCACACGUCACGGGGAAAAUUCAGAGGAUCUAUUGAGCUUCGCAUGGAGAAGUUGGAGGGAAGAAACAGCUGCAAAUAUUAUAGAUCCAUUAUUAUACAACAGUUCAAGAAAUGAAAUCAUGAGAUGCAUUCAUAUUGGCUUACUAUGUGUCCAAGACAAUGUAGCUAAACGACCAACCAUGGCUACCAUUGCACUCAUGCUAAGUAGCAGCUAUUCUCUCACUCUCCCAAUACCUGCAGAACCUGCAUUUUUUAUGGACAGUAGGGUUAGAAGCUUUCCAGAAAUGCGGCUGUGGGAAGAGAACUCAAGUAAAUCCACAAUUAAAUCAGUAAAUGAGGCUUCAUUUACUGAGCCAUAUCCUCGUUAGAUUCUAGCCAUGAGUUUAUAUUAAUUAGUACCAUCAAUGUUUAAAUAGACUACAUAUCCUAUUUGUUAUAUUAUAUAAAUAGACUACAAUUUCUUGUGUUCAUUUAUUGAGCAAUAACGACGUAUAAAGAUAAAUCACAAUAUCACAUUCACAUUAGACAUAUAUAUCAAUGUUGUGUAUCAAUUGUUAAGUACCUCUUUUAUAAAGCUAAGCAUAACAUCAAAAAUAUAUGAGAAAGCAUAUGAGCACUCAUACAAAAAAAUAGUUAUGGAACAAUAUACACAUAUCAAUAGUGACAGGUUUGGCUUCGGCACAUUGCCUAUUCUGCAAAUACUGCUUUAUUUUGUUUUACCCCUCGUUUCCUAGGAC